GGCGGGCGGGCCGGGGCCGGGAGCCGUGCGGCGGGGUCGGUGGGCAGGGCCCCGGCAGCCCGGCCGCUGGCUCGGGGCCGGCUGUGGCGGUGAGCUCCCGGCUGCUGCUGGGCCACAGGAAAUCGGAAUAGACCCCGAGGAGCCUUUUGGUUUAAGGAUUUGUGUGAAAUGGUUCUCUUGCGCUGAACUCCUUGGAUUGCCGCGUUGCUGCGCGUUGAGAACUUUGUGAAAACCAGGAAGUCAAGAUGAAGAGCAGGGUGACACAAGUAAAUCAUGGUUCCAGUCAUGACAGGAAGGAAAACUACAGUUCCCGACAUGAAAGUUUGUCUCCAGAGGACAGGGAUAUGGAGCGUGAUAGGUCUCGGUCUCCGUCUCCCAGGAAGAGGAGGUACUCUGAUGACAGCAGAUAUGAUGAGGAAUAUUCAAGACAGGAAUACUAUGAUGACAGAACUUCAGAUGGAAGAAGGAUGGAAAGGGGGAGAGACAGACACUAUGAGAGAUGGGAGGACAGAGAAUAUGAUCGACACUAUGAGAGAUGGGAGGACAGAGAAUAUGAUCGAAGGAAGCAGAGGAGAUACUCGUCACCUGACCGCAGGAGCCCAGAGAGGGCGACAGGCCAGAGCUCACUUGCUCAGGAUGAGACCACCUCAAAGAAGAAGAAAGAAGAAGUGGAUCCAAUCCUCACUCGCACAGGUGGUGCAUAUAUUCCACCUGCCAAGCUCAGGAUGAUGCAAGAGCAAAUCACUGAUAAAAAUAGCUUGGCAUACCAGAGGAUGAGUUGGGAAGCCUUGAAGAAGUCGAUCAAUGGUCUUGUCAAUAAAGUGAACGUUUCUAAUAUAGAAAACAUCAUCCAUGAGCUCCUUCAGGAGAAUAUUGUUCGGGGAAGGGGAUUGCUGUCUAGAUCCAUUUUGCAAGCUCAGAGCGCCUCUCCGAUUUUUACUCACGUUUAUGCAGCUCUGGUGGCAAUCAUCAAUUCAAAGUUCCCAAAUAUUGGUGAAUUGAUCCUCAAGAGGCUGAUACUGAAUUUUCGUAAAGGGUAUCGCAGAAAUGACAAGCAACUCUGCCUAACAUCUUCAAAAUUUGUUGCACAUUUGAUGAAUCAGAAUGUGGCUCACGAGGUUUUAUGUUUGGAAAUGCUCACUCUGCUGCUCGAAAGGCCUACUGAUGACAGUAUUGAAGUAGCAAUUGGAUUUAUUAAAGAGAGUGGGCUCAAAUUAACAGAAGUUUCUCCUAGAGGUAUUAAUGCAAUCUUCGAUCGCCUCCGACACAUUCUGCACGAAUCGAAAAUCGAUAUGCGCGUUCAGUACAUGAUAGAAGUCAUGUUUGCUGUACGGAAGGAUGGCUUCAAGGAUCAUCCCAUCAUUCCUGAGGGAUUAGAUCUAGUGGAAGAGGAGGAUCAGUUUACUCAUAUGUUGCCAUUGGAAGAUGACUACAACCCAGAGGAUGUUCUUAAUGUUUUCAAGAUGGAUCCGAACUUUAUGGAAAAUGAAGAGAAAUACAAAAUGCUGAAGAAAGAAAUUCUUGAUGAAGGUGACACCGAAUCUGAAGGAGAUCAAGAAGCUGGAAGUAGUGAAGAAGAUGAAGAUGAUGAUGAAGACGAGGAUGAGGAUGGUCAGAAAGUUACUGUCCAUGACAAAACAGAAAUUAACCUGGUCUCCUUCCGUCGUACAAUUUAUCUGGCUAUUCAGUCAAGCUUAGACUUUGAAGAAUGUGCUCACAAACUGCUGAAGAUGGACUUCCCUGAAAGUCAGACUAAAGAACUCUGCAAUAUGAUACUUGACUGCUGUGCUCAGCAAAGAACGUAUGAGAAAUUCUUUGGGUUACUGGCAGGGCGUUUCUGCAUGCUAAAGAAAGAAUAUAUGGAGUCCUUUGAAGCCAUUUUCAAGGAGCAGUACGACACCAUUCAUCGUCUGGAAACGAACAAACUGAGGAAUGUGGCCAAGAUGUUUGCUCAUCUCCUGUACACUGAUUCGAUUCCCUGGAGUGUCCUUGAAUGUAUAAUACUGAGUGAAGAAACUACCACAUCCUCCAGUAGAAUUUUUGUCAAAAUAUUCUUUCAGGAACUCAGUGAAUAUAUGGGACUUCCAAAUUUAAAUGCAAGAUUAAAAGAUGUGACACUGCAGCCUUUCUUUGAGGGAUUAUUGCCUCGGGAUAACCCAAGAAACACUCGCUUUGCCAUCAAUUUCUUCACUUCUAUUGGCCUUGGAGGACUAACGGAUGAAUUACGGGAACAUCUUAAAAAUGCACCAAAGUUGAUCAUGACACAGAAGCAAAAUGUUGAGUCAUCAGAUUCCUCCUCAUCUUCAGACUCAGACUCUUCCUCAGAUUCUGAUUCUGACAGCAGCAGUAGUAGCUCAGAGUCAUCGAGCAGCAGUGACUCCUCAUCUAGCAGUGACAGCAGCAGUGACUCAGAUGUUUCUAAAGCCAAAAGGAAGAGAACACAAAAGAAAAAUAGAGAAUCUGAGAAAGUUUCCAGGAAAAAACAAGAAAGGAGAAGGAAAUCACAUGAAAAGAAAAUUGGAAGGAGGCAGCAAGAGGAAAGAAGUGAUACUGAGAGCAAAUCAGAAAGAAAUCACCGACAUCUAAGAGAAUCACACAGGAGAGAUGAUGGUUCAAAGUACCACCACAGAGAUGAAUCCAACGGCAGAGAUGGUUACCACAGCGGAAAGGAUAGGAACCAUGACAGAAGUAAGGAUCCAGAAAAUAAACACAGUAAUUCCAAACUGAAGAAAGCAGAAAGAAGAGCUUCUGUGUCUGAUGAUGAAAACUACAGACAUAGGAGCAAAGACGAUGGACAUCGGAGUAGGAAAAGAGAGCGAUCCAAGUCCCGCGAGAGGGAGCGCGGGCGCUGCAGCCCGCGGGAGGAGGAGCAGGAGGAGCGCUCCAGGAACGGCUCGGAGAGGCAGCAGCGGGACAAGGGCAGCCGGCACCCCGAGGAGCACCGGGAGCAGCACCGGGAGCCACGCAGGAGCGACGACCGGCGCAGGGACAGCUCCCCGCACCGGCGGAAAUGAAACGCGGCCGCCAAGGUGCAUUCCCGAGCUGGUAGAACUGUAUUUUAAAAUCUAUUACUGAAGUUUCUUUGAAAAGAAGAUUUUGUACAAAGUGAUAGUUGGCAUUUGUAAAUUUUACCAGACUUUUUCAAAUUUUCAGUAACGCUUUUUUAAAAAAACUGUAUCAUUGAAUCUUUCUGUUAUGUUCAUUGUUCGGAAAGACAAAGCUCUUUUAUUUUGUGAAUAAAACAGUAAGAUACCAGCAAAUUGGGUAUUUUGUCACUUAGUUUCAAGUAUUUCUAAUUGUACCUUCACAAUCUAAAAAACCGUUGGUUUUUUACUUCACUUGUUAAAGUGAAAGCCAGAUGCUGAGGCUGGGGUGAAAAUGUUAAGAAUUUCAGACUCCAAUGUGAAUGUUAUGUGAGAAAACGAUAAAAUUUUCAAACAGGCAUUCUAUAUCUGCAUGUUCUUUCAACCUUGCAAGCAUGAAAGCCUUUUGACCAAAAUUUUCAGGAAAUACUCAGUUGAUUUUUUUUUUCUUCAAGACUUAAAAAUUGAAAACACAAUGUUGCUGUUUUAAAUGUCACAUGUGAAAGUGUGUCAGCUUGUUCUGUGACUUUUCACAAUGUUUUUUAAUAUUGUGACAUCCUGAGCUAGUUUCACUUGUGAUCUUUUUGGAAAAAGGGUUGGUUUGGUUUUUAUUUUUUUAGUUGUGACUUUGAUUUCCACGUCUUAGUCUUCAACUCUAUCCCUACAGCUGGAACAUUUAAGGAACUUCUUUUCCAGUAUAUAAAAACAAGAAAGGAAAACAGGAGAUAUCUCAAAUCUUUUUAGAUGUUUUGAAGUGCUCAAGUGUUUUGGAAGCAGAAUUCAGAAAAAAACAACCCUCAGUUAGUGCACCACUUUAUGAUAUAAAAAUGUUGUAUCUGGGGUCAUGGGGUACAACUCAGUCUUGAUUUCAUGAGAAAUUAAUCAACAUCAUCUGGUUAAGACUAAUUCUCAAUAGUAAGUUACAUAAAAAUUUGCAAAGUCUUCAGGAUUGAAAUAGGAAAUAGUGUGGAGGCAUGGUCAAUAGGAAAGAGGUGGUAGUUGCAGAUUAUGCAGUUAUUGUUGCUGAAUGACAUUUUUUUACUUGUGAAAUGAAUACAAUUGCUGGACACAAGAGAACUUUCAUAGUUCAUGUGUAAAUCAUAUUUCCUGUAUAAAGCAUAAGAAAUACAUUUGAGCUGUUUUAUAACAGAAAUCAGAACCAUUCCUAAGGAAAUAGAUCAGUUUUGCCUAAAUCUUGUCACAGCAUUUUUCUAAGAAAAAUGUCUAUUUUUUUUCUGUAUUUGACAGAAUUUAUUUCUGCAACCUUACAUGUAAAAAAAUGUUUUCAGUCAAAAACAUUUUCAUAGAAAAUAAAGUUAUAUUGUAGAAUAAAAAAGAUUUCUAUCUUGUUAAGGCACACAGCUAAAAAUACUUUGAUGCCAUCAUGUGUUACAUGUUUAAACUGUUGGCUUUUUGCCCAAGGCACAUCUCAUUUUCAAAAUGAUGUGUGCAUUUUGGCAGUGUGUUAAAUCCACAAAAAACGUAAUUUAAAAGAAUGUUUUCCAAAGAGAAAUCUGCUAAUUCUUAUGUUUCUUUGAUAGCUCUGUAUGCACAUUAUUGAAAAGAAUCUAUACUCCGUAAUGAGAAAUAAAUUAACACAAUACAUGUGAAAACAUGUAACAUUUAUUCUGCAGCAUCCUGUGCCAGCAGUCCAGUGUUUUACUAUAGAGUAUCUGUAAAAGCAUGAUUCUUUUAUAGCCUCUGCCUGAUCACUUGAAUUUGCUACUUUGUGAUGUGUUUUCCUUGCCAUCUUGUGUGUAAUUUUAUAGACCUAAACCAGUAUAUUUGCCAUUUUUGUUUUCUAGCAGUUAAAAUUCACCUGCGGGCUCGCCUUAUGCCAGUCUGCUCUACAGACUUGUCCUCCUGCCCUUGAUUUAUUUUACUGUAUUUUUUACAAGGGAAAGAAGUCAAAAUACUCUGUAGUAUUCAAAAUGAGGGUAUUCCAGGAGAUGCACAGUGCCAUAAGAGUUGUGGGGGUAGUUCUCAGUUGCUGUAGAGCUGAGUGACACUGGGUGGUCUGGCCUUGCUUUCCUCAGCAGUGACAGCUGAUUGUAGACCCCGCGCAGUAAAGGAGUGACUCGUGCCUCUUGUCUGUAAUUAAUACUGGGGCUCUAGGUUGUGAUUGGAACAGCAGUUUUGACUGAGAAACUUCAAGAAGUGGAGGUACUGUGAUUCUCUUCACUGUUUUGUUCAGUUCUUCAUUCUUGAUACUUAAAACCAAGGUUGCAACACCUUGGUCUUGGCUUGGGAGAUGAGUGGUAGAGGAAUCUGGCAGACUUGACUGAGCAUCAGAGAUUUGUGGGAAGGAAUUUUUGAUGACCUGCUCUGAUAUUGCAUGCUUAAAUCUUAGCUUUCAGAUGUGGUUGUAACAUCCCCAUCCAUAGAUACAGCGAGAGAGGCUGCAUCCCUUUUCUAGGAGUGCCUGGCCAAGUUCCUGAAUUUCCUCACAGUGGUGGUGUGAGGUGUUAAAGAGAUGAGCUGCUGACGCACCCAGCAAAUUCCUGUUGGUGGAGGAAUAAAUCUUGACUGAAGCAUUUGUGGUAUUGGUAAGAACUGUAAUUCUGCUCUCUAACUAUAUUUGGAGCAAGGUCUCCAAGUGUGGCUGUUCAUAUGCUCAAAUCUAAAGUGUUUUUGGGGGGGGGGGGGAAGACUACCACUGUUCAGGCUACAUUGUUACGUAAAUCAUCAAAAUACAACCUCACAGUAUGAAAGCAGAUAAAUUUUGGGGAAAAAAGUUAGUUUAAAAUACACCUAAAUUACCUUUAACAGAUGAUGCUUUCUGAAGCACUUUUAGUUGCUGUUUAAGCAACAUUGCACUCUUCAGAUAGCAGAUAGAUAGUUCAUCUCCAGGACUGCAUAGGAAUGGAGGCAUGACUACAGUCAUGUUUUUCUGCUUGUGUUACGUUAAAUUAAUUUUAUAGUCAGAUCACUUACAUACUGAAAUUCAAAUUCAGUUUUUGAAUAUUACUGGUAGUGCUAACUAGAUGUUAAUGGUACAGUAUUUUAACCUAGGAGCAUGGUAUUCUCUAAUUUACUUGAGGCUCUAGUAGCAUAACCCUUCUUAACUUAAAUGCAGGGUGUACUCUAAAAUAGCUUAGUACAUGUCAGACUCCCAAAAAACACAUGAGCUAGGGUGGGUGCUUGAAUCUCCAGUAGCAAUUUAAAUGCCUGCCUGCUAUUACAUUGGUACAGUUUUAUAAAUAUAAAAGAAAACAGUAGCUUAUCCUCAUGUAUCAUUCUUAAACUACUUUGAAUUGUCUUUCACUGCUGAGGAAAGCAUAAGGCUAAUUGUCUCAGACAAUCUAAAAGAGUAGGAGUCUGUUAUUUUAUGUGAGCAGAGAAUUUACUCCAGUUACUCUAAUAACAGGCAGAGAGUAGGGAGACCUGUCCUUCAAUUUCUUUUCAGCAAGAUUAAGUAUAUUUUUUAAGAUGUUUUAAAUUUGUCAAUUUUUUUUUUAAGAAACUGAAAUCAAAAUGCAGACUAUAAGGGGGUAUUUUUAUUAAAACUAGGCAAAAAAUGAAUUACAGAUUAAAAGAGGCAGGAGGAAAAUACAACUUUACAAACUGGAAAAACUUUAGGUCAGUUAGGAGAUGUUAUGCUCUUUUUUAGGUUUUCCUCAAGUCUGUAAUUUGGCUGAGCCUAGUUAGGGAUUUUCUUUUCUUGUCUAUUCAUGAAUGUCAUCAAGCAUUUUUCCUUUAACUUCAAAACAAAAAAAGGGGGAGAGGAUGCAGCUUAAAACCUUGGUAUUGUUGGCCCAGAGGAUGCAGCUUAAAACCUUGGUGUUGUUGGCCCAUUAAGAAAACUAACUGCCACCUUUUGACUGUUCAAGCUAUGUCCAUUUUGAGUAUUUUUUCCCAUUAUUUUGUGAAAUAAAGGGGGCACCAAAAUCUUUCCUGAGGCAGAAAAUACGGUGCAACUUUCCUUAAGGUGGUGAAGGAAAGAGCAAGGAUGUGCAAGAGGAUGUAAAGCUCUGUGAGAGAAUUUGUUCCCAGUGUCAGGGUGCCCAUGACAGGUAAGAAGUGAAGUCAGAGCUGGUUUUGCCAGGGCUGCUGGCACAGGUGUCUGGGUGCAAUGCUGAUUGGUUUGCACUUGGUGGCUGGUAUUGUUUCUUAAUUACUUAAACAAAAUCUUGACCAAAUGGUUCUUAACCAAAUCACUCUGUUGAAAACUGGCGAUCCCUUUGCUUUUUUUUAAUGGCUUACCUAUUGCUUUUGAGGCACUUUAUGCUCUUUUCACAAAUCUCUUGUGAAAUUUCACAUUCUGGGUGUUUUGUAUCAUAAAAAGCUGUGUAAGAAUUCCUUUGUUACUACCUUACCUAGAAUGUGGUAUAACUUCAAGAUUCCUUGUAUUUUCAAGACCCUAUGAAUAAGCUCAUGCCAUCAUAUAAAGACUGGAACUUUUCAGCACCUUUUUCUUGCCCUGGAAUAAUACCUAAGGUAAUUGGAGAAAUAUUCAUUGAUUUUAAAGGGAGAGGAAUAAGAUGUUUGAUGUAGUCACUUACAGCUCCUGCCACUGUGUUGCCUGUAUUGGUUUUGCUCAGUACUCUCAUUAGGCUUUUCUUGAUUUUCUCCUGCUUCACGUAGAACAUUUUCCUUUUUUUCCCUGUCCCUUUUGAAUUUUAUUAUCACAUGCAGUGUUAGCCAUUUAGAAAAGUAUAAUGCCACAAAUACAUUAAAAAUUUACUAUAUAUCACUUGCAUAAUGCAUCAAAAAUAAUCUUUAAAGGACAGUUUGGCUGAAGGAACACUGUGUGUCACACCUAGUGUAAAGACCAAGCAUGCUGCUUGCCUUCUCCUUACCUCAGAAUAAUGAGUUACAGGGCAAUUGCAAAUUUUAUAAGGUUAAUCAGUCUUCCAUUUGUUAACAUUCCUUUCUGAUUGCCUUUGUUUUGCACUGCCUUUGUUAGGAAGAAGCAUCCAUAGAGUUUUACAGGUUUCUGAAUUUGGAUAAAGAGGUUUUGUGUCUGCCAGUGUGCCCUCAGAGGAGCCACAGUGGUAUUAAGUAACAGCAGAAAAAGUAAAGAGGGAUCAACAUCCAUUAGAGAAUUGAAUCCCAUAGUCCUCUGUGUGCCUGUAGGGAAUGCCAAGAGUUGGUAUUUUCUUACUACACAAUCACCUGAGUCUUUUGGCCAUAACCACUCCUGCAGCAGUUUAUGAGAGAGCUGUGCACCUCUCAGCCUGUUUAUCCAUCACUUCCACCUGGGCAGGGCUCUUACAGGAGAGGUGCAUCCUACCCUGCCCUGCCUUUCCCAGCACUGCAAAGUGCAGAGCUGGGCAUAUUAUGCUGCUGCACAUUUUGCUGAUUUUUUGCUCUACUAACAUCCCAAGUAAGAUAAGCAGGAGAUCUGCUCAGCUGUUCCUGCACACUGAGGAGCCACAAUGGCUCUUGAACGCUGUGUCUCAUCUGCCAUGGCCCUUUAGGGGUCAUAAACAGAGAACCCCUCAGCGUACAAUGAACUGAAAAAGCCUCUCCUGGCUAUAGAGAGAGCCCAGAGAGAAUAACUUCAUUGCACCAAAGUUCGCUUUUGCAAAUGCUUUCCUCCUUUUCUCCUUUCCUCCUUCAUCCUCUUCCUGAUUUUCGGUUAUAAGUGAAUGUCUUUAUGGGAAAUUGUGAAGUGUCCCAGUUUUUCAUUUGAUAAAUUAGAAGAAACUGGAAAAAAUAGUGUAGUCCAGCAGUGUUGUUGGAAGAUUCCACUGACAGUUAGGUAGCUGACAGCAAUCUUGUCUUUUGCUGUUUCAGUCCUAGUGAGAAUGCCCUCCUCCCUCUCACACCACCACUCCUGCCUGCUAGGAGCUUUAAACACACUUCUUCACAGAAAUGCAUGCCAACACAUCCCUUUUAAACUGUCCUCCCCUUCCUAUCUCCCAGGUGUCCCUCCUAAAAGAAAAGAUGGUCACAUCUUUCUGUUCCCUUUUAAAAAUUGUAUUUCGUGCCCCAAUUCUGGUGUCUGUAUAUUCACCUUGAGAAGGAGGCUUAAGUUGCUGGUAGGGUUCAGGUGGCCUUCUUGUCAUCCUGUCUGUUUGUUAAUCUGUGUUCACAGGUCUCAGGGAGAUUUAUGAUGGACAGAAAGUUCUGGUUUUGGGUUGAAAUAGCAAUUUUUGGGUUGAAAUAGGCAAUUGAAAAGUUGGUGUAUUAGAUCAUAUUAAUCUAAUACCCCCAGACUGCUGAGGGUGCAGACAGCCUUUGUGGCUUCCCAUGAGGAAGGAAGACUUAAGUGAUGGCUACCUGGAAUAGAAUGCACUCUUUUAAUGAAUAUGCUUCCUUUGUUCAGGCCCUGAGGUUGGAUUUCUGUUCCAUAGGCUCUGGUUCUUUGAUUAGAUUCACAAGGUUCUGCCAUACACUUCAUUAUGAGUCACCAGAAAUGGGACAUGAAAGUGCUUAAGAAAAAAUCGAAGCCAAGUGACUUACUCAAUCAGUGAUUGAAAUGAGAAACUGAAAAUACACAUUUAGGAAAAAAUAAAGUCCCUUUGCAACUCUGUUCCUUCCUGUCCUCUCUUGUCUGCACAAGAAAAACCUUGUUAGCCUUCUUUGUAAAAGAGACGGUGGAUCAGGCUGUUUUGAUCACUGUAGUUGUUUGAACCGGGAAUUCUUUGAGAUGUCAUCCACAAGUGCUCUGCAGCCCAUCAUUUUCUGCAGAUUGUGUGCAUUUUGUGAUUAUGGCUGUGAGGAGAAACUGUGAGGAUGGGCUCCUUGCUACGGCCAUGCGAGAGAAGGACAUGUCCUUUGAGGAAGGAACCUCAGGCUAAGUUAUUCAUCCCCAUGCAUGUGGAGUUGGUUUGUUUGUUUUAUGUUGCAAAGAAAUCCUUUCCUCCCACUUCAUUUUUAGCUCUCUAUUUACAGGGGUGCAGAUGUGCUGGAGAAGUGUAUUUCAGUUCUCCUCAUAUGUAUAAGCACACACACUUGCAUGCAGUCUUCUAUUUUCAUUCUCUUGUUACGCAAGGGUUUAAAAUUAGUUGUAUUUGUGAAUUAAUAUAGUUCAUUGGAAUAAAUUUCAGCUAUUUUUACUCUGUAAUGAGCUUUAUCACCAUGCUAUCUGGAUAACUCACAAACACUAUUUUUCCUCUAUACCCUGUUAACGGUGUAAAAUAUUCAUAGUCUUGAUGAUGUGAAAUCUGGCUGGGAGAAAAAAUGGUGUGUGGUAAAUUAACUGAGGUUCUCUGCUGAAACAUGGUGUAAUAUAGUGCCACCAAAGAGGAAAAUAUCUAGGUUUUGAUAGUACUUUGUGACAGGCACUUCAAAAGGUGGGAUUAAAAAACCCAGCAUUGCUAGUGUUGUAUUGUGCUGUCACAUCCUGAGGUUUUAUACACCUGCAGUCCUACUUUGCAGGAGUAAGUGAAGCUGAAGCUUCACUAGAGCACUGUGCAUGUCGAGAUGAGGCUCUGCCUCGGGAUGCCAGGAAGAUGGGUGGGGCAUCCUGUGGUCUGUGUGCCUCUGAUUACCACUGUGCUAAAGAGCAAGGCUGGAUUUAGUGCACAGGAUUUCUACCCAAAACUCAAGGUCUGCCUCAUUUUGAUUGCACAUAGAAUCAAAAGCUUCCUUUGUUUCACAGUAUUUAUAGGAAGGCUUCAUUUCCUUAAUUGCAGUUUCACUGUGGUUUAUAAAGAAAAUACAGCAUGAAGAGUCAUUGUUUUUAUGAUCUGUGUAUCAUGCAUUAGUCGAGGGAGAGUGAGCUUCAAGGUUAGUUGCAUGGCAGUUGUCAUCAGUCUGUGAAACUCUCAUUUUGAGUCACAGCUUUAAUUUGCACUUUAACCCUACUGUUGGCUUUCAUUUAGUCUUAUUUUAUUCCCUAAUAAGUCCAGUCUCUUCUUUUUCAUGGAAGACCAUUAUAGUCUCCUUUCAUAAUCAUAAUUUAAAGGGGGAAUAGAGAAACUCAUCUCUGGAGGGCCCCUCUUAUUUUCUUAAUAAGCUUUCUGUCCCCACUAUUGUUCUGAAUUACAUGUGAAAUACUUAGUUUCUUAUCAAUCAGUGUUUCAGAAGAUUCCACAAACCUUGUAGACUAUUCUUGUAGAAUUGUCAGAAAGAAAAAAGGCUGUAAUAUGUUUUAAAUGUAUUGUUUUCAUUUUCAUUGAAUGUUUCUCCUGUUAAAAGAUAGAAGUGCUCAUUUUCUCUUCCAUAUAAUAUUCAUUAUUGCCUGUGUUCAGGGCUAAGUGCUUUUCUAUUCAUCUCUUCUGUAAACAUUUCUUUAGCAUUUCACUUCAGAAGAAAAGCCUUCACAGCCUAUAAUUGUAUUUAUUGCUUCUCUCCUUUCUCUCUCACACUUUUCCCUGUGAUUCUAAACUGUUCUCUGGGGCCAUCAAACAGAGCAUUCUUGUUGAUGGGACCAUACCACUAAUUUUCCAAAUGUCAUUGUAUUUUCUGUUUUGUGUUUGUUGGAUUGUUUUUUGCUUUUCCUUAUGCUGUGGAACAGUCUGUUCCAAAUAAUGUUUGUUUCUUGACAGCGACUGAGCUGUCCACAGUGAUGCUCUGGUCUUUCUUCUACAGCUUGUACACCAAACUUGUAUGAAUAAUUCACAAGAUUUCUUCUAGUGUCCAUUACUCUGUUCUUUUCAACAAAGACUUUCAGCUGCCAAUGUUUUGUACUUUCAAUUAACUUGAGUUCUUUGCUUUUCUGUUCACUUUUGUUUCAAGUAAGCUGAGUGGCAGCUUGCUAUACUAUACAGUGCUACAACAUGGGUUUGGGAUUGUUUCAUUGUUAACCUUUUGCCACACAGAAUAUUGACCAUGUCUCUGUAAGCUGUCUAGCACUGCGUCCCAAAUCACAGAUCUCUUACUUCACAACUGGCUGCCUUUUUUAAUAGCUUCUUAUGUGGGACUUAUUACAGGCUUUUUUGAAAGUCCAGACAAAGCAGAUUAUUCCAAGUAGAUUCCUAUAAUUUUAAUUGCAUUUAAGUUAAUACUUUUACUUUUGACUGAAUAUCUAUCACAUAUCUAAAAAUUAGGUCAAUCGUUUCCCUAAAGACCUUUGAUAUACAACUGACUGCUUGAAUUAAAGGAUUAAAUUGCCAAAGAAAAGAUGAAAAUCUUUCCAAGAGGAUAAUUCAAGGACUUUAGUUCAAAUACAUUUAAAAAAUGUAUUUAAAGGGAGAGGAAAUGAGUAAGAUAAAGAGACUGGGUGUGAAAAAUGUUGUGAGUCCAGGUGGUUGAGCAGCCUCAUUUGAAAUUACUUGAGGAACAGCUUGAGUUUAAUUUGUUUCAUGCCAAGAACCAAAGAACCCCAGUGAAAUAAAAUAUUUUUUAUUUAUUGAAAACUAUCUUAAUCUCUUGAACUGCUUAGUUCAAUCACGAGUAGACGUUGCAGAGCUGCCGUGUCCCCGACUUGCUGCAGCAGGUGACAAAAGCAGGAGGAAGCGUGGAGACAGCAUCACUCCCUGUGGAUUUAUCAAUCCGUGCGUUCCCUCGGGCGCCAAGGCCAGCUCCUGGCCCAGCGCAGGGAGGAUGUCACACGCACAAGGGUGGAGAGCCGGGCAGGGGACACUCCUCGGCCCUGCUUCGGCAGCGACCCGAUGGAAGCCGGGGCAGGGCCGGGCACUGCAGCCGGGGGAAGCGCUGCUGGCAGCAAAUCCGUGUCCAGAACCAGCCGGGGCUGAGCCGGCUCCUCGGCUGGUGCAGCCCUGUGCAGGGCACGCAGGGACCGCCGGAGCCUGGCACAAGCUCCCUAGGGACACAGGGAACAAGCUCCUGGCUGGCUUCCUGGCUGCAGAACGCGCUCUCUUUGGGUUACACACGCGCUUUGAGAGGUCAGCAUGUGCCAGAGGAGCUUAGAGUUGGGCAGCCAGGGCUGGCUUUGUCUCCCCGAUCUGUUCUGCCGAGCCUUCGCUCCCUUCUCUGCUCAGAUUUGAAAGCAGUGAUUACUCAUGAAAAUAUUUUUGGGGGGCCCGUUUAGAGUCCCUCAUUCUACUGCAAAGAAAGAAUAAACGCAGGUUCUUAGGCAGAGCCCAUUUCCCCACUAUGGUUCUGUCUUGGAGGUUUUAAGCUCCAGAGGGAAUUGGUGGAGCAUGGAUGGUUUUGUGGGAUGAUGGCUGGCGGAGACAAUCUUGUCAUGCAUCAUUUCCUUUGCAGAGACACGGCAACCUGUCUCUGCCAUGCAGUUGCCAGAAUCCCUCAUAUUUUCAAAACAGGUGAUUUUCCUGUGUGUUUACUGGGGGAAAAAAAAAAAAAGAA